AUGUAUCUCACUUGCUGGUGUCAAACGGCCCCCUUAUCUACGGGUGGGGUCCCAGUAGUUGAAAAGCGGUCCAUGGGUCUCUAUAUUUGCAGCCCGGGGGAAGAUCCGGUCAAAGGUCGUGAUCCGUGUCGCGAUCGCUUGCUAGAGAAGACCGAUGACAUCGUCGUAUGCGUCAUAGAGAGAAAGCUGUACGCUGUGUUCUAUGUUUAUCCAUUGUUCAACACAGGAAUUUGGAGUAGAAGAUGGUCCAAGUUCGGUGCAAACUCGAACUCCGAUCCAGAGAAAGGAAAGUCGACUAUUCAAUCGUCUUCUCCGUUCGCUGGCCAUGCCUCAAAUACGCUCCUUCUUCCCUUUCCUUUCCCACCACAGUUGUGUCUUUGGAGCAUUUCCACUAUAGUUUAUCAAGAGAUGGAUACUCCAAGCGUUGAUUUAGAGCAGCAAAGGGACACCGUAGCUCCUUCUUCUCUCCUCUCCUGGAUGGCUGGAUGGGCAAGCAGGGCCAGAAUCAUGGCGCGAUCCAACGGACCCCCUGGCCCGGAAUAUGUUCCUCUGGUUGAUCCCUCCGAGCGUAAUGAAGAGGGGACUGAUGAUACCAAUACUGAGCUGCCAUCCCUGUUAACGCUUAUAAUUAGAUGA